AUGGAGGCACGCUGCCGAGAACCCAGCUGUCAGCUGCCUCAGAGGAAGAUGGGCAGCCCUGGCACGGGUGUGCGUGUGGCCACCGCCGUGGGAGUGCUGUGCUUCUGCCUCACAGGCACCGCCUUGGAGGUCCUGGUCCCCGAAGACCCUGUGGUGGCCCUGGUGGGCACUGACGCCACCCUGCGCUGCUCCUUCUCCCCCGAGCCCGGCUUCAGCCUUGCGCAGCUCAACCUCAUCUGGCAGCGGACAGACACCAAGCAGGUGGUGCACAGCUUCGCCGAGGGCCGGGACCAGGGCAGCGCCUAUGCCAGCCGCACCUCGCUCUUCCCCGACCUCCUAGCGCAGGGCAACGCGUCCCUGAGGCUGCAGCGCGUGCGCGUGGCCGACGAGGGCAGCUUCACCUGCUUCGUGAGCAUCCGGGACUUCGGCAGCGCCGCGGUCAGCCUGCAGGUGGCAGCCCCCUACUCAAAGCCCAGCAUGACCCUGGAACCCAACAAAGACCUGCGGCCUGGGGACACGGUGACCAUCACGUGUUCCAGCUACCGGGGCUACCCCGAGGCCGAGGUGUUCUGGCAGGAUGGACAGGGUGCGCCCUUGACUGGCAAUGUGACCUCGUCGCAGAUGGCCAACGAUCAGGGUUUGUUCGACGUGCGCAGCGUCCUGAGAGUGGUGCUGGGCGCUAAUGGCACCUACAGCUGCCUGGUGCGCAACCCGGUGCUGAAGCAGGACGCUCAUGGCUCUGUCACCAUCGUGCCCCACAGGAGCCCCGCAGGCACAGUGGAGGUCCAGGUCCCUGAAGACCCUGUGGUGGCCCUGGUGGGCACUGACGCCACCCUGCGCUGCUCCUUCUCCCCCGAGCCCGGCUUCAGCCUUGCGCAGCUCAACCUCAUCUGGCAGCUGACAGACACCAAGCAGGUGGUGCACAGCUUCACCGAGGGCCAGGACCAGGGCAGCGCCUAUGCCAACCGCACCUCGCUCUUCCCCGACCUCCUAGCGCAGGGCAACGCGUCCCUGAGGCUGCAGCGCGUGCGCGUGGCCGACGAGGGCAGCUUCACCUGCUUCGUGAGCAUCCGGGACUUCGGCAGCGCCGCGGUCAGCCUGCAGGUGGCAGCCCCCUACUCAAAGCCCAGCAUGACCCUGGAGCCCAACAAAGACCUGCGGCCUGGGGACACGGUGACCAUCACGUGUUCCAGCUACCGGGGCUACCCCGAGGCCGAGGUGUUCUGGCAGGAUGGACAGGGUGCGCCCUUGACUGGCAAUGUGACCACGUCGCAGAUGGCCAACGAUCAGGGUUUGUUCGACGUGCGCAGCGUCCUGAGAGUGGUGCUGGGCGCUAAUGGCACCUACAGCUGCCUGGUGCGCAACCCGGUGCUGAAGCAGGACGCUCAUGGCUCUGUCACCAUCACAGGACAGCCCAUGACAUUCCCUGCGGAGGCCCUGUGGGUGACCGUGGGUCUCUCUGUCUGUCUUGUUGCACUGCUGGUGGCCCUGGCCUACGUGUGCUGGAGAAAGAUCAAACAGAGCUGCGAGGAGGAGAAUGCAGGAGCUGAGGACCAGGAUGGGGAUGGAGGAUCCAAGACGGCUCUGCGGCCUCUGAAGCACUCUGAAAACAAAGAAGAUGAUGGACAAGAAAUAGCCUGACCACAAGGACCGGGGAGCUGCUGCCCCUGCCCUGGGGUCCCACCUACAGCUGCACUGGGGCCUCAGUGUGAGCCCCGGGCUGGGGUUUCCCUGCCUCCACUAGAUGGUUCCCACCCUGGCCGGUCUACUCAUUCUGCAAAGGACACCAUACAUAGACCAUUCCGCAGCCUUAUUUCUCUGAUGGACACGACUCCCAGUCAUCCUGCUGCCUUAUUUCUCCAGUGACAUGAUACGUAAAUCAUCCUGCUGCCUUAUUCUGAUGGACACAAUACACAGACCACCCUACCACCUUAUUUCUCCAGUGGAUAUGGCACAUGGACCAUCUGGCUGCCUCUUUUCUCCAGAGGACAGAAUUGUCAUACUUCUCCAAAGACAUGAUACAAGGUCACCCUUGGCCUUGUUUCUCCAGUGGCCCCGAUACACUAAUCAUCACUUUUCAGCCUCCCCGACCUAAAUCCCAUCCCCUCAGAGGGGUCCUUGCAGCCCCAGCAUUUCUUGAGUCCGUCGGCGUCUCCCCCUGCCUCCUCCCACUCUGGCCCCAACUUUGGCCUUGGUCUCCCCACUAAGUGAGGACAGGCCCCCUCCCCAAGCACGUGGAGACAUGCAGGUGCACGUGCUGGAACACGUAUAGACGUCCCCUGUCCUGGUCUCCUAUGGCCUCUGGGCUGUGUCCUGGAGCCCCUCCCUGCCCACCCUCCCCAUGGGAACUAUGUGCUGGUCACACUAGGCCCCUGGGGGUCAGCUUCUGUCCCUGUGCUUUUCCUGCCUUUCCUUUUGUUUAGCCAUUCAAGUAAUGUUCACUGAGCACCCAUGGGUGUCAGCACUGUUAGGUGUGGGGGACCCUUUAUGAAAAGACAAGCUGCUCCCUCAAGAAGCUCGCCCUUCAGCUGGAAACCUGUGAGGAAACAACGGUUCGUGAAGGGGGCUCCUGCCUUGUUCCCUACUGUACCCCUCUUCUGUGCCCCAGCUCCCUGGGUAGCUCACCUCCAUCCUCUCCCUAGGCCUUCCCCAGAGUGAUGGGGAUGGGGUGGGACAGGGCAGAAAUGCAGAGAGGGAUGGACCUUUUCUCCACAACUGGAAAAGAUGAUGGUUCCAGGAUGAGCAGGUGGGCAGGCAGUCAAGGCCCAGCAGGUGCCUAGAGCCCAGCACAGGGGAAGCCUGGGACCUCCGGGGGCAGGGACAGCCCCUCCUCCCCACCAUGGUGCUAUUCUGGGGCCCGGCAGUACCCCCUGUCCUGGCCCUGGCCAGGCCCAGCCUCCGGUGAAGUACACUUCUGACGUUCUGAUCUCCUACUGACAUCUCCCUGCACCAGCAAGGGAAAUUAAAUUUCUAAUUUAAAUGUGGAA